CAUUCAUAGUCUUUAAUGAAGAACGUGAGUUCGACCCACUCUUGAAAUGAACCCUGAGCAAAAGCAGUCCCCAGUCGACGUCGCUGGGCCACCCGCCAGGACCAGGCAACGGCGGAGACCGAGUCGGCCCAAGCAGGAAGAUGGCGCAAACGAGCGACGUCGGACACAAAUUCGUAUGGCCCAGCGGGCGUAUCGAGCCCGGAACCAGGCCAAUAUGACAGCCCUUACCCGGCGCGUUGCCCAACUGGAGACAGCCCUGGAGAGGAUGAGCCACGCUGUCGUCUCGUUCAGUGAUGAUCUGGUCCAGUCGGACGCACUGGUUGUAUACCCGAAUCUCGCAGACCGUCUUCGGGACACUGUCGAAACGUGCCUCUCCGUGGCGAAGUAUGGCGAAGAGGGCAACCAUCCAGAACAGAGCAGAGAGUCUUCCAGAUACUCCACGGAGGUUUCUCCUUCAAUUCACCCUAGUCUGUCAAACAGUACCGAAGAUUUCCUGGCGACAUAUCGCUCAAGCAAGAUCUUCCCAUCCGGCUCAGAUGGUGCCAGCAGCAUAGAGGUCCCAGAAUUCAUAGAGCACCUCCGACUAUCCUGCCUCUACCGCGGCCUGCUCCUACUAAAAAACCCUUCUGUUUCCAUUGAAAAUUUAAAACGGCCCUUCCGAUUGCUGUUACCACUCGUACCUAGGGAGACAAUCACCGCAUUCUUCCACGCCCGUCUCCAUGCACGGCUCAACCGUACACAGCCGGAACAGUUCGCCGAAAUCCCCUUCUUUCAUCUGGGAGGUGCUGGUACGCAUUAUCUAGAUCCAUUUCCAACAGGUAAAAGCCGUGAACAUGCGAUGGAAAGUUCGUCCUUGUCCGAACCCUCUGCCGAGAUCCUUGAUGAGCUAGACGGGGAGUGGUUUGACGUGCAUGACUUGAAGAGAUAUCUGCAAAAGAAAGAGGUCUAUCUGACGAUAUCACGGGCUGGAACGGAGAUAAGUCCACUGCCUCGAAGGGCAAUCAACGCAUCUGAUUUGACAACUGCUUUAAUUGAUAGGAGUAUCUGUCUAGGCCACAGUCCUGGGUUUCGACGAAGAGAUGUAGAAAGGGCCGUUAACUCGAUUCCCUAUGCAGAUUGAAGGAAGGAGCGAUGGAUGUCUCUACUAUAUUACGAGGAAAGAGCGACCAACCAUAAUGCACCUGCCUUAUGCAGAGGAUACGCAUUGCAACUUGAGGAAACUGCGAUGGACAGCUGGGAACUGCACAAUUUCCAAUGACCAAAUAUAUUUCGAAUAUGCUACUGCUGCUCGUAUUGAUACACCAGACAGGCUUCUUGCGUGUCAGACCCCUUCGCAGCAACGGCCUUGCAAGUCAGAAACAGCCCAUCUCCGAUACUCUCCACAGCCCAGACCUAGAACAUAUCAGCGGUUAUAUUCCGAUUUGCAUCAGUAGAAGCUCACCUGCUCAGCCGAC